CAAGCACACACAGAGACAAAACAACAACACGCUCUGAUUUGAUUUCUAUUCUUUCAUUCUUUCCAUUUUUGUAUACCCUGAUUUGGGUUUUCGUUCUUGAGCUCUAAAAAUGGGGAAAAUGGCAUUGCCCUAUUUGGUUUUUGCAGUCUUGGUUCUCUGGAGCUCAUCUGCUGUUGCAGAGGAUGCUUAUAAGUACUACACAUGGACUGCCACUUAUGGAACAGCUUAUCCACUUGGGUUUCCUCAGCAGGUGAUCCUCAUUAAUGGUCAAUUUCCUGGCCCAACAUUGAAUCUUGUCACCAAUGACAAUGUCAUCCUCAACCUCAUCAACAAAUUGGACCAGCCUCUGCUUCUGACAUGGAAUGGUAUUAAGCAGAGGAAGAACUCUUGGCAAGAUGGUGUUUUGGGAACUAAUUGUCCUAUCCCACCAAACUCAAAUUACACUUAUAAGUUCCAGACUAAAGAUCAGAUUGGAAGCUACAUAUACUUCCCAUCAACUUUUAUGCAAAAGGCAAUGGGAGGGUUUGGAGCUCUUAAUGUUUAUGCAAGAUCAGUCAUUCCGGUUCCCUAUCCAAAACCUGAUGGAGAUUUCACUUUACUAAUUGGUGAUUGGUUCAAUGCUAAAAGUCACAAGGAACUGCAGCUACUUCUUGACUCAGGAAAAUCUCUGCCUCGAUACCCGAGUGGACUCCUUAUCAAUGGCAAGAAACAAUCCACUUUCGCGGGUGAUCAAGGGAAAACAUAUAUGUUCAGAAUUUCGAAUGUUGGUUUGAAAACCUCGAUUAACUUCAGAAUUCAAAACCACCAAAUGAAGCUAGUAGAGGUUGAAGGAUCCCAUGUUAUCCAGAAUUUCUAUGAUAAUCUUGAUGUCCAUGUUGGCCAAUCUUUAACUGUCCUUGUCACCUUGGAUCAACCUCCCAAGGACUAUUACAUUGUUGCAUCCACAAGGUUCAGUAGGCGCGUUCUUAGCUCCAAUGCCAUUCUGCACUACACAAACUCUGCCUCUGGUGUUUCUGGCCCGCUACCUCCUCCCCCGAUGGGGCAGAUGCACUGGUCUAUGAAGCAAGCCAGAUCAUUCAGGUGGAAUUUGACAGCAAACGCGGCUAGGCCUAACCCACAGGGCUCUUAUCAUUAUGGGAAAAUCCCGCUGUCAAGGUCUUUCGUGCUGGCUAACUCCGCUCCUAUUAUUGCUGGAAAGCAAAGAUAUGCUGUCAACAGAGUCUCGUACAUCAAUUCAGACACCCCUCUGAAGCUCGCUGAUCACUUCAACAUCUCGGGGGUCUUCGGUCUCAAUUCAAUUCAGAGUUUCCCUUCUGAUGGCUCUCCUUACCUUGCCACAUCUGUGUUGCCUGCUUCCCUGCACGAUUUCAUCGAAAUCGUCUUCCAAAAUAACGAGAACACCAUGCAAUCAUGGCACCUUGAUGGUUACGAUUUCUGGGUAGUAGGAUUCGGCAAGGGAAAAUGGAGCGAAGUUAGUCGAAAGAGAUACAACCUUGUUGAUGCUCCUACCAGGCACACUACACAGGUUUAUCCCAAUUCUUGGACAGCUAUUCUUGUAUCUUUGGACAACCAAGGGAUGUGGAAUUUGAGGUCUGCGAUGUGGGACAGGACAUACCUAGGACAGCAGCUGUAUCUCAGGGUUUACUCUCCAGUUCACAGUCUUUCUAAUGAAUAUGAUAUGCCUCUAAACGCUCUGCUUUGUGGCAAAGCUGCUGGCCGGCAUCCUUAGACUCUGAUUGGUUUCUCGUACAUGUUUACACAAGUCAUGAUAGGUUGACUGUACAAGAUGCUAAUAUGCUUACCAGUCCAACAUUAUUUGCUCCCCACAUCUUGUAACUUGUUAAUUUCUUGUAUAAUGAAUGAUUUGUCUGGUGGAAAUAUAUUAAGGAGUAUUUGGCUUUAUUUAAAUUGCAUUCAA